AACAAACGCCUAAAAACGUAGAAGAAGCAGCGCAAUUUCACGCAGUUUGGAAGUCUCGAAGAGUACGACGUCCGACUUUUAAGGCUGAUUUAUUUGAGCGCAUGUGUGCCAGCAUGUCAGGCAGCAGGCUGAUGAGAGCCAUCAGAGUUAGUGAGUUCGGAGCUCCGUCCGUCCUCAGACUGCGCUCUGACGUGACUGUCCCUCAGCCCGGGCGCACACAGGUGUUGAUCCGUGUCCAUGCCUGUGGAGUGAACCCUGUGGAAACUUACAUCCGAGCUGGGACAUAUGCAAGGAAACCCACCCUGCCUUACACACCUGGCUCUGAUAUAGCAGGAGUGGUGGAAUCAGUUGGAGAAGGAGUGACUGCAGUGAAGGCAGGGGAUCGUGUGUUCACCACAGCUACAGAGACUGGAGGCUAUGCAGAGUACACUGUAGCAGCUGGCGACUCUGUUUACAAGCUGCCUGAUGCUUUAGACUUCACACAGGGAGCAGCCAUCGGGAUCCCGUACUUCACCGCCUACAGAGCUCUGAUCCACAAAGCGCACGCCAAGGCUGGAGAGACCGUUCUUAUUCAUGGAGCCAGUGGAGGGGUGGGCAUUGCAGCCUGUCAGUUGUCCCGUGCUCUGGGUCUUCAAGUUUUUGGGACAGCAGGGACACCAGAAGGGAUGAAGUUGGUCCUUAACAAUGGAGCUCACCUGGCCUUUAAUCAUAGACAAGAAGGAUACACAGACAAAAUCAUGGAAGCCACAGAGGGCCGAGGUGUAGAUGUGAUAGUGGAGAUGCUGUCGAACAUCAACCUCAGUAAGGACCUCCAGAUGCUGGCCUAUGGAGGGCGAGUGAUGGUUGUUGGCUCCAGAGGAUCUAUAGAGAUCAAUCCCAGAGACACCAUGGUUAAAGAGAGCAGCAUAGUGGGAGUGGCCCUUUUCUUUGCAACACCGGUACAAAACAACAGCAUCACAAAAAUUGAGGAGAUGAAGGAGUGUGGAGCUCUACUGUAUGCAGGGAUGGAAGCUGGUUGGUUGCGUCCAGUCGUCGGUUCCCAGUAUCCGCUUGAAAAAGCUGCCCAGGCCCACCAUGAUAUCAUCGAGUCUCCUGGGGCUGCUGGGAAGAUGGUCCUAACUAUGUGAUGACACGACCAUGUAAUGGGUCACAGGUCACCUUUACAGUUCAGGGUGUUUUUAAAUGGGUGAUACUUCAAUAAAAAGUUUCAGAAACAGUUA